AGCCUCCAGAGCCAGGACACUGCAUUAAAGCACACAGGCCCAACGAACAAGCCACAUGCUUUUAACUCCCUGGAAGUCAAAGGAAUAAGAAAGCAAUUUCUGUCGUAGUGCUGCACAAGAAUUAAAAUGAACAAGCCCAAAAUUGUCAGACCAGAGGAGAGCCAGCCAGCACAAGCACGGUGGUUUGACAGGAAGAAAUAUGUCACCAUCAACUUCAUGGUUCAGAAACCUAAAGACGUCCAGGUUGAUAUCCAGACAGAUAAAAUGGUUUUAUGCUGCAAAAACGAUGAGGAUGAUGUGAUCUACAAUGAGCUGUACUUCUACGAGAAAGUUCUAAAGCAUGACUGCAGAGAAAAAGUCUUUGACCGCAGCAUCAAUGUCUUGCUGAGGAAAGUGAAGCCUGAUUACGCAUGGCCACGUCUCCAGAGAGAUGAGGCAAAGGCUAGCUGGAUUUGUGUAGACUUUGAUAACUGGAGGGACUGGGAGCAUGAAGAGGAUGAAGGAAAGGAAGAGUACGAUAGAUACAUGGAUGUGAUCCAAGAAUUGGCUACCAGUAAUAAAGGAAAAACACCAGAUAUGGAUGAUCUUAGUGAUUCUGAUUGAGACUCACACCCUCUCUCCUUAAGGGCCAGGACACUGAAGCUUUGUUUUCUGGAGUUUGUAAUAUUUGCAGGUGAUUUGAUAUGUUAUUGUCCAAAAUAUUGUUCUUAUAUAUGUGAUAUUUUCUAUGGCAUUAUUUAUGGGCAUAUUAUUGUCCACUGUACGCUGACAUAUCUUUGUCAGUUUUAAUAAAAAGACCUUUAUCAAC